GAUUUCACUGUUCCCUGGGCGGAUGGAAGAGCACUGCACUGGGAUGUAAUUAAUGAAAUGGUGGAUGAACCAUCAGGAAAUCACAAUUACUACACAGAGAUGUCCCAGGAUCCUGACAUCAGAGCUAAAAUUUUCAAAAGAGUAAAAGAGUUAUCCCCGAAGACAGCACUGUUCCUGAAUGACUAUGGAAUUAUUACAAACAAUAACAACCGGUUUCCGCUAUACCAACAGCUCAUCAGAGAAUUGCUGGCGGCAGGCGCCCCUAUAGACGGCAUUGGCCUUCAAGCUCAUCUUCAUUUAGAUCGAGUGAACCCUGUUGAGUUUAAGGAACGUAUUGAGAUCCUACACCAAGAGUUUGGAAUUCCAAUCUGGAUAACUGAGUUCGACUGGAAUGAAGAGGGGAUUGCAGCUGAUCCGGAAAAAUUAAAGCUGGGGCGGGAAUUGGAGGAUUUUUACCGAGUUAUGUUUAGCUUGGAGGGUGUUGAGGGUAUCAUGAUGUGGGGGUUCCAGCGAGAUUAUUUUUCACUUGUUGAAAAUGAUUUAACUCCAAACAAAGCUGGAGAAGCUUACAUUAGGCUUUUUCAUGAAGAAUGGAGGAGCAACAUGGUUGUUCCAGGAGAACAAAAUCAAUUUGAUUUCAGAGGGUUCAGGGGAGAUUACGCCAUUAGUAUUCUAUCAGGAGACGGAGUUCUGGUAGACGACUUGAGGUUUACUGUUGACCAAGACACUGAGCUGACCUGCACCCUGACUAAUGGUCAGUUGACCUGCUGACCUGCAACCUGACUAAUAGUCAGUUGACCUACUGACCUCAAUUCUCAGUAGUGAUCAGCUGACUUGCACCAUCAUUAAAGGUCAUCUCCUACCCUGCAUCCUCAAUAAGCUGUCAGCUUACGCUCAAUACGCUGUCAGCUUACGCUCAAUAAGCUGUCAGCUUACGCUCAAUAAGGUUUAAGCUUACGCUCAAUAAGCUGUCAGCUUACGCUCAAAAAGCUGUCAGCUGACGCUCAAUAAGCUAUUUUCACCUUAACUAGCGGUCAGCUGACCUUCACCCUCACUAGACGUCAUCUCCUAUCCUCCAACCUCACUAGCGGUCAGCUGACUAAAUCUAAUUUAUAUCUGAUGCAUUUAUGUCUAAAUUAAUGUUAAAAAAUGCCAAAAUAAAUUAGGGGGCUUUCAUAUAU